UUGUCAGUUGCUGUCGCUGGUAACAAAAACAGAGACUUGGCAAAAGCUGUUGUAAUACUAGAGUUCUUCUUUGAGUGUGUUUGCUUUUAGCUGUUUUGGGGAUGUUCCUCUGUAUAUACAUCUUUCUAAUUUUGGUACCCAAAGGAAGGAAAGGGGGUGGAGAACAGCCACCAGUUUUCUUUAAGGAAAGAUAAAUAGUAAGAGUGCUACUCAUCUCUUAAAAGCAGGGUACUUCCCAGCAUCUUUCUUUGAUGGCUGCUGAAAAGGUCUGAAAAUCCCAAGUCUACAAGACAAAUAAAGCAAACCAUCCCCCCAACUCCUUUACACCAUCUCUUGGUGAAUUGUUUCUCCAUCUGGUGACAGUUAAAGCCCUAUUUGGGACCUUGCUGCAAGCUCUCAUCUCCUUUGGAACCACUCUCAGAAAAAAAGAAAGAAAGAAAAGUACAAGAAGUUCUUUCAUGUGAAAAAGACAAGACUGCAGUGACCUCGCUAACUGUUCAUAUUCCCAGAGACACUUAAAUGAUGCCUUGUGUGAAGCCAGGCACGGUUAUUUUUCUCUUCAAGGAUAUGACACAGUGAAACAUAUCACCAAUCAAGUCAGGGCACGGGCACUUAGUAAGCACUCAGACCACAUUAUACUCUAUAAAGCAGUAUCCAUUGUUCUGGAUGUACUAGAACCAUAGGACAGGAGUCUACAAAAUACGUGAAGUUUGGCAAAAAUGGCCUGUGAAAUUAAUCUAAGCUUCCUUAAGGAACUGGAGCGAGAGGCGGUUCUGGAAGUCCUGUACCGUGACCAGAUGGUGAGAAAAACAGAGGAGGAAAGAAUAAGGAAGCUGAAUCUGCAGCUGCAGCAGCUUCGGUGGAAAGGGGGAAGAGAUGUAAGCCAUGAAUACCAGGAGAGGUCUUGCGCUCGCUGUCAGAAGUCGCUCGGGCUGUUGAUGAACAGAGGUGCAGUCUGCACCGGGUGCAGCCACCGAGUGUGCUCCGAGUGCCGUGUCUGCCUCAGCCCCUGCCUUUGGAAAUGCACCGUUUGCUACGCUCACGGAGAUGUGAAGGUAAAGGCUGGUGAAUGGUUCUUUGAGGAGCGAGCAAAGAAAUAUCCAGGUGAAGGCAGACAUGAAACAGUUGGUGCAAAGCUCUUGAAAUCUUAUCAGAAACUGAAUAAAAUUUCUGUCGUGCCUCCAACCCCACCUCCUUUCACAGAAUCCACAGCAGGAAGCAACGUGACAGUAAAUGAACUCAGAGAGUCUAAAAGUUUUAAUAAAUCUGUGGAAAACUUGUUUUUGUGUUUCACAACACAUAUAAAAAAAAUCUCCAAGUCCCAGAACGAUAUGGCUGACAGAAGUCUGCUAACCACAGAUUAUGGGCAGCACAUGGAAAGAAGGAAGCAAAGGAGGAGCCAGUCUGACACCGCCAUCAACAUCACAAGCAGGAUGAAAAGUACACCCAGCCUUCAAGAGCUCAUCACUGGUGCCCAUAAUGACAGUGACAUUCUGACCAAAAGGAAUUGCAAGGAGGAAGAUGACAUAACAACCAGUCCCACAAGUGACACAGUUUUCUGUGAUGGCAGAAAAUACGGGAGUUUGUAUAGCCUUAACAGCACUUGCACUGAGUCUGGCAAUUUUGGCAAGGCGAACGUCACGGGAGAAAUAGAGUUUGCCAUAAGAUACAUCUUCAAAGCUUGCAUCUUAGAAAUUUGCAUCAAGGGAUGCAAGAACCUGGCUUAUGGAGAUGAGAAGAAGAAAAAGUGUAACCCGUAUGUUAAGGUUUAUUUACUUCCUGAUAAAUCUCCUCGGAGCAAGCGCAAGACAGCUGUCAAAAAGAGCACCGUGGAUCCAGAAUUCGAUGAAUCUUUAAAGUACAAGAUCGACUACUCGCAGCUGGGAAGCCGGCAGCUUCAGGUGUCGGUGUGGCACGCAGGGGCACUCAAGUACAGGGUGUUUUUGGGGGAAGUGGUGAUCCCGCUGGCAGAUUGGGAUUUCGAAGAGAACUCGAUGCGGUUGUUCAACUGGUACCAGCUCAGACCCAAGCUUGAAAAGCCUGAGGAUGACCUUAUCCAGUACAGCGGUGAACUCCUCGUGUCUGCAAGACUGUCAGUACCAGCCCAGUACAAAAAUUUCCAGUUUGAAGGAAAAAAAGACCAAGGAGCUCCUAAAUGCCAGCUUCAGGUUAUGAUCAUUGGGGCCAAGAACUUGCCCGUGCUGAGAUCUGCUGGAAUGCUCAACUCGUUCGUUAAAGGUUGUCUUAUCCUUCCAGACCAAGCAGAGGUGAAGCGAAAGUCUCCUGUCCUGAAGAAAGAAGCCUGUCCCCAGUGGAAACACCUGUUUGUCUUUGAUGGUGUUACCCCAGCUCAGCUCCAGCAAUCUUGUCUACACUUGACAGUCUGGGACCAGUCAGGUUUCAGCUCAAGCGAUCAGUUCCUUGGAGGAGCCAAGCUUGGUGCAAAGGAAUCGUUGGGCUGCGCAGACCCCGCUUCUCAGGCAGCGCUCCAAUGGCAGGAAGUGCUCCGCAGCCCAAACACCUGGAUGGACUUCACCCUUGUCCUGCAUUCAAAUAAGGAGAACUUCAAAUCGUGAGGGAUCACCACCCAGCAACCUUCCCUUCCUCGUGGGGGACGUUUUGCAUUCAAGUGGCACGUACCUUUUGGGUCUGGGGAAAGGCACACUGUGAGGGUACCUACUCCAGCUUUUGGGGAACAGAGUUUUGUGAUGUUCUGAAGGUUUUAUUUCUCCAAAAGUUGUUUUUGUUAUCUGUGUUUCUAGCUGCAGUCCAAGGUUAGUAUUGUUUCUUCAGGAAAGACAAACACAGUUGGAAAUGCAUUAUGCUUGGCAAGGCAACAGUAGCCAGGUAAUGUGCAGUUCUCUGUUUCUGGGCGUGGCAGAAAUGUAAUUAUUUAAUUUAAUCACGGAUAGGAAUACUUCUUAGCGAGACAACUUAAGGAAGUUAUAUGCUUUCACCCUGAUGUUGAUGUUUUAUGUAUGUUCUGAGAGAAUGUAAAACUAGCUUAUCUGUAACUGCUUGCUGCAGAUGGGUGAUGCUGACACCCCUGUGCUUCAGAAUCCUCUACUGUGCCACUAUGACUUCACAUGACCCUUAAAAGCUCUGGCCUGUGGCCACGUGCCUUCCAAACGUGUGCUGUAUCGUGGUGCUUAAAACCAGGUAGGAGUAUGGGACAGCAGCAGGUAGAGGGAAUGUGGCUGUAGCAAGUUCCUUGUUCCAAUCAGCUGCUGCUGUAGGACAGCGUUCACAAGCCCGAUCCAUAUGGCACGCAGCAGAGGACAAGAGUUUAGCUGAGCUUAGCAUUUAUUCAUGUGAAUUGGUGGAAAGGCAAGCUUAAGGCUGAAGGAUUGUGUUGGUUCAGUUUGUGUGAGCUGUAGCGUUACAGUCAGCAGAUCCUCCAUGUGCACAACUGUCCCCAGAGCUGCUGCUGUGCACCUCUGCUCCAGGACUGAAGAUGGUCACCUCAUCAUCACAGCAAGUAUUCUCCUUUCUUCCUUUCCAGGUACACG